AUGGUCGCAGAUCUAGAAGAGUCGAGGUUACCGCUGCAAGACAAUAACUCUGUUGGUGCCUCUCUCGUGGAUUUCUCGCAGAGCGAUCUCUGCGUGGAUUGA